AUGGCCUCGGGACACAACGACCCCAAGCUCUUGUACGCCAUCAAUGGCGUCAAGGCCUACCACCUUGCCCACGGCAAGGAGGUGUCUCUGACUCCAGCCGGCCCCCAGACGCUCUCGCUGUUGAUGGUCCCGACAUCGUCGCCCUUCUCCGACACAAACGGAGAAACUCCCGCAGAGGACUUCUACCUACACCUGCACCUCCCUCCCGAGCUCGACUUGCCUCUUCCCGCCACGACCCAGAUCUACCACCAGCCGCCAACGAGCUACCUGAUUCCAAGAUGGGAUAUGGGCCCCGACAGCGGCGCAUUCACUCGCAUCGAGUUCCCCGACACUGGCAGCAGAAAGGGUCUUCAAGAAGAUGUAGACACCUUCGAGACAAUCCUCGCCCAGUGCACCGCCUUCCUCGAACGAGCGCCCCCGCCAAAGGGUUCCUCCGCCGCGAAGUCCGCGAAGGCUGCCGCCAUGCCCUCCGCAGCUUCUUCCGCAAAGGCGAGAGCAGCAGCUGACGACGGUCUCCCCGCCUACAACCCUGCCGACUAUCAGCCCGGGCAAGCCUACGCUCAGGGAAGCCACAGCUCCCCCAAUGGCGGCAGGAUCGUGCUGAUUGACGAGGAGGAUGGCAGCGUCAUUGGCGAGCUGGCGGAGAACUACCAAAUCCAAGAGGAACUGGGCGUGAAGCCCGGCACGAAAGAUCCCGUGGAGAUCACCCUCCCCGCGAACCAGAGCCAGGCCAUUACCGUCCAGCCUGUGUCACAGGAGUAUCGCGAGAUGAUCAUGCACCCAGCUUACAAAAAGUCCUUCCUGGUCUCCAACGCCUCCAAGGCUUCCCGUCUGAUCGUUACGUCGUCAGACAUGGUCACCAAGGGUCUGCAAACAGGAGCUGAUAGCUUCACUACAAAGACCAAGUCCAAUGACACGGCCAUGACGUUUACACCGGCGGCGCACGACCGUAUUCGUCGCAUCAACCAGUUCACUACUACCGCGGCUGGCUUGUCAGCGACGACGGUUGGACAGAUUGGUAAAGUUGCACAGAACCUGGGCGCUACCCUUGCUAGGAAGAAGGAUGGCGGCGGAAGGGGGUAUGACAGGGAUGGUAACCCCAUUGAGGGUUAUAAGCCUGGGCUGCUGAACAGGAGCUUGAUGGCGUUCAACACCGUUGCCGACGGUAUCGACCAAGCCGGACGCAACCUGCUGGUGGGCACUUCCUCCAGUGUAUCGCAAAUGGUCGAGCACCGUUGGGGUGCCGAGGCUGGCCAGGUGUCGAGAAACAUUGGUGGCGGAUUUAAGAACGUCGGCUUGGUCUACAUCGAUGUGACAGGCGUCUCUCGAAGAGCCAUUCUGAAGAGCGUCGCCAAGGGCAUGGUCGUCGGAAAGGUAAAGGGAGGCGGUCAGAUCAUUGUCGGAGGUGGAGACGGUGGCAAUACCGUUGGAUUGUUAGAGGACGGGAAGCCUCUUGCCCGCAGGGAUGACCAGAGUGACACGACCAGCCUAUAUACAGCAUAUGAGGGGAAGGGUAAGAAAGAAAAGGUGCAAUGA